UGACAACCAUCACCUAUAUCACACCUCCUCAAAGAAUGAGUAAAGCAGCUCAAACAAUCAAGAAUUUGGCAGUUGAUAAACAUACGCCAUGCAUAUUUCAAGGAUUUACAGGUAAAAGUGCCACCUUUCAUGCUAAAUUAUCACUAAGCAUCGGAACAAAUAUCGUCGGAGGCGUAACGCCAAAGAAAGGAGGCCAAACGCAUCUUGAUAGACCAGUCUUUGAUACAGUAAAAGAGGCCGUUCGUCAAGUUAAGCCACAUGCGACUGCCGUUUUCGUUCCUCCAAUGUUAGCAGCAAAUGCGAUCAUUGAUGCGAUCGAGAAUGAGAUCCCUCUCAUUGUCAGCGUUGCAGAAGGUGUCCCGCUAAAAGAUCAAAUGCGGAUAAUGUCAGCUUUGCAUUCUCAAUCAAAAUCAAGAUUGGUCGGCUGUAAUUCACCCGGGAUGAUGAACCCUGCCGGUUGUAGAUUAGGAAUAUCUCCUUUGAGUAUCGCCGUUCCAGGUCCAAUCGGAAUCGCAUCUCGUUCAGGAACACUUUCUUAUGAAGCAGCAUGGUCAACGAAACAUAUGGGACAAUCAAACAUUUUAGGAUUAGGUGGGGAUUUCUAUCCGGGCACAAGACAUGCAGAAGCUGUGGAAUUCUUCAUGAAUGAUGAACAAACUCAAGGGAUCGUCUUGGUCGGAGAAGUGGGCGGAGUGAUGGAAGAAGAAGCUGCAGAAUUGAUCGCGAGACAAUACACUGGCUCGGAUGGCAAACCGAUCAAACCUGUCGUUGCUUUCAUUGCCGGCAGAAAUGUCCCACCAGGUCAAAUCUUUGGUCAUGCAGGCGCAAUUUGGCGUGAUGGUUUAUCAUCGGCAGAACAGAAACGGACAGCACUCAAGAACGCAGGAGUAGUAGUCGUUGAUGCAGUUGGGGAAGUAGGACAAGCGAUACAAAAAGAACUUGAGAGUAGAGGCAUCGAUCCGGUAAGGAAGGAGCAAUAGAUGCAAUUUUCGGCAAUCUGUACUUAUAAUAUCACACGUGAAAAA